AUGGCAGUCGAGCCUGAGCAAGCAGAAGCACCGAAUGUUGAAACGAAUAAGUUAUCUUUGCCAUUGUUUCGAAGGCCCAACAAGUUUAAAAUUGGCGAAGACUUUGAUUUGUUCAUCAAGAAAUAUAAUCUGUACUUCGAAGCAGUGGAACUUGAAGAUGUUAAAAAGCGACGACUUGCGCUGUUGUUUAAUUUGAGCGAAGAUGCGUUUCGUUUGGCAGAACCGGUUGAGUUUGGCGAAGGGGAAAACGCGUACAAAGAUUGGAUUGGAAAUUUGAAGUCGUUAUUUGAAAGGAAUCAGACUGCUACGGAGAAACGUUACAAUUUACACCGUCGAGAACAGGAGCCUGGUGAGUCUGUUGAUUCGUAUGCUGUUUCUUUGCGAGAAGCUGGAGCUAGAUGUGGUUUCCAUGGUGACGAAUAUUCUAGCAGGUUGGUUGAUCAAUUUAUUUUGGGGUUGAGAGAUAAGGCGACCCAAAACAAGUUGUUACAAGAGCCACCAAACAGUUUAGAUGAUGCCUUGUUAAUUGCUCGAAGAUUUGAGGCUGAAAAUGCCACAAUGAAAACAUUAGCCAGAGAAGCAACAGAAAAAUUAAGUAGAACAACAAUUGGCUCAGUUAGUUCUUUGAAUGCUGCCAAAACAUGUUAUUCGUGUAAUGGAUUUGGUCAUGUGUAA